UCCACAUUCACAUCUCACCCUCCCCUCAUGUUGAUUCACCCAACAGGUAUUCCGUACCGCUCCAAUGACCAAGUAGAGAACCCAAUGCAUUGUUUGCCUUUCGCAAUAACAACACAUGACGUCACAUAAACCCUAUUCACAGACUCCAACCGUUGCAUUGUAAUUCUAUAGGCAGUGUAAACCAAUAUCACUCUGUGCACCAACGGUUUCUUUUUGUCCCGUAUACAAUUGCUUGAAAUCUCCUUGAGGGUUGACUGGACGAGUCAGGUGGUUCACACGCUCAAAUAACGACCCGUACUUUGUAGCAGAACCGACGACCUGAAGAGUUCACACAAAUAUUUUGCGAUACUUCAACUCAACCGCCAUCAUCAUCAUCAGCAUACCGACGAGUGAGUGAUGUACUCACAGCGUGGGGAGAAUACACAGUUCGUACAGUCGUUUCGUGUCGUGCAACUGAACGUGCAUUCCAUGUCAUCAUCAUCACCCAGCACUUUGCCAACAAAUUAACCCUUGGAAUAUAGAAAGAGGAGUGAUUGACUGCACCAAAUUAACCCAUUAUUUUUUCCAAGAUCCAGUUCAGCAUCCUCUGGGAUUGAGUAUGGUUGAAUUGAAAAAUGUCAGUCAUCUGUAUCAACAGUAGAACUCCUCCCUCUUAAACUACAUUGCGUUUUGUUGUGCACACAUCUUCUAUAAACGGAAUUUAUCAUUUCGCAGAUGCAGUGAAACAGUUAGUUUUUCUCCUGUUUAGUUUUCUGUUUUUCAAAACUACUUCGUCAUGUCGAUUGCUGGAAGUCUCGCUGGUGAAUCUGUCUAUUAUGAGGAACCAUAUUCUGUUCCCGGUCCUUGUCGGACGUGUUGCAUCCGAUGCCCGUGCCCGAGCCUCUUAUCAGUGUUUGCUUUCCUUGGAGGAGCAGUUCUAUUCUGCAUCGCAGCCGUAAUCGCUGGGCAACACACAUCGGAACUCUUUCAACCGACGCCGAUUGCUAGUUCAAUGAAUGAUUGGAUUGGAUUUAUUAGAACAGCCUGCUACGUAGAAUGUCCAAUCAUGGCUCUGAUUGCCAUAGCAUUAUUUGGGAUAUCGUGCCUCGGUACUGGAGCUGUGAGGAAAGAGUUCAUGUCAAGAUUCACCACAAGGGCCAAAGGAAGAUGCCAAACUGGGCUGUUCAUGAUCAUCGUGUAUGUACUGUUCCUCAUAUGGCUAGCAGUGAGUUUCGUUUCGCUGGUACCCGUCAUGUUCUUCUAUAUCCAGAGACGUGGUGUCUGCGAAGCACGGCUCUACCCACCAGUCGUUGACCAAGAUCCGCUAUGUAUUGAGCUCAAACAAUGGGCUCUGGUUGAUGGAACUUUAGAGACAGACUUUAGCGACAAAAUCUGCGGUACGGAACUCGACAAGUGGUGUACAAGUCCUGUUCUCUUAUGGUAUUCACUGGCAUUCUUUGCAGCGGUUCUCGUCACAUUAUCAAUGUUGCAUUUCCUGAUAAACUACGCCGCCAACUUUGCCAAACUCCGGGAUCGUUUUAAGGAUGGGUACGUCAACAGGAAGUCUGGUGCCUACCUCGUCCGGACGGGAUCGGUACGGGCAAGUGGUCGUCACUCCAUGCGCGCACGAAGCUCAUUGAGGGGUAGCCGAAACAAUGUCCUCCGAGGGUCACAAGGAUCUUUGAAGUCAGUCAGUGUUCGCGGUGGUAACAACCACGUCGGUGCUAACAGCACAGCGUCCACCCUUCGGAUGACGGCCUACAACAACGAGGCGCUGAGCGGUGACGAGAUAUACGCCAUGAACAAUUUGAACCUGAACUACGACAGGGAGCCGGUUGGCGCUCUGCAGACCCACUACGCUGAGCGACCGCUGCACCCGCCCCCAGACGUUAUGGUACCGCCAAGCAUGGGAAGCCGGCACGGUACGGAUGAACCUGCGAUGAGUGUCGCUGGAACAGACAUUGGACCCCCACCAAGUUACGGGGCUGGACACCCGAACGGCUGGGCACCAAGUUAUUCAAGUAGCAUCAGUGGUGGACAGGCAAAUGGUAACUACCCAGUGAACAGUAGGCCUAUGAACUAUGGAGGCGAGGACCAUUAUCCUGGUAACUCAAAGCCAAGUAACAGUUUAUACUACGACCGAGAUGCUGGCGAUGGCAGUGGAAGCGUACACGGAAGUAACCAACAAGGUAGUGGUGAAAACAGCGACGGGGUGUUCGGUGGCGGACGCUGGGGUAAAAACUACUCUGGAGGAUACGAGAGGAAUGGUCGGCCGCUUACCAGUUUCAGUGAGCCGGAACCAGCGCCGUCUAUGACCUCAGCUGGUUCCCACCCUGCACCAAGAGGCUAUAGCGAGCACUUCAUAUAAACGGUGCAAUUCUAAAACCAAGAAACUGUUGACAACUGGACUGUCAAUCAAAUCCACUCCCUUGAAUAGUUUGUAGACUUCAGUAAAGAAGACACUUACACUGACCACCGUCAUCAAAAUUCACACGAAGUAAAUUUCUUAGAGCCGAUUGAGUCCUUUUUUUUUAAGUUGUCAGACGAGGCAACUUAUAGCAGGCAACUUUGAGGCAACUUUGAGGCAACCAACUGCAGUGCAUGCUGCAGGACUUAUUCGGUAGCACAUGAGAACUCGUUCAAGCAAUGUCUUACAAUUUCCAAGAAAAUUAUAAGAACAUUCGCAUGUGAAUGGCUUCUCUUCUUUGAGAUUGCCUGGAACUGUUUGCCUGUACUUUGCCUCGUGUGAGAUGACCCCAAGUCCAAACAACUUCAGGAUUCCUACACCAACAUACCAAUCCUGCAAACAUUUCAGCAUUCAGCAAGCAUUAUAAAUGCAUUCUAAAUUCAUUUUGGAACCAACGGUUUACGGUUUAAAUUCGUUUUUGUUUGGCACACUCGUUUUGGUGCUGUGGCCAAUAUUUUAGGCACUUAUAAAUAACUUCACAACUGUAUGCCUAGUACUAGUAUUCAGAUGAGCGUACCUAGUUACAUGCUCAUUGUUUGUUGUUAAUUUUACAUGGAUAAAGCCCAUGGUGAAUGCUUGAAGUGACUUAAGUCUGGCGUGUUUGACACCGGUGUGCCUCACAGGAGGGUGGUUGUUGUACAAACUGCAUCUGUGAUCAAGAUGACUUCAUAUUGACCGCAGAGUCGCCUUUUUAAACAUAACAGAGAGGUGAAUUGUAAUUGUGAAUUGGAAAUAACUGUUCCUUUUCUAUAGUGGUUUUAACAGCAUUUGGUCACCGGCUGUAAAUUUCGUUGAUGGAUUUUUUUAUUGUGUCGAAAUCACGAUUGAUUUACUUUUCUCUGAGGACGAUCCCACAUAAAGAAUUCCAUAUCUUGAGAAAAUUCAUGUUCAUGUAUUCCAUUAUUUGAUGUUCCUAUAAGACUGAGGUUGUGUACAUAAAGAUGUCCAUGAUUUUGAGGACGCAAGAUUUGUAUAUUUGUGUAUGUGAUAACUAAUGAAGGGAAUUUUUUGUAUUGAUUGGAGUAUUUUUUAAGUAUUAAAAGUCAGCUUUUGCAUUAGUCAUAACUUACUGUUCAUGUUUUAAGACAACAAACAAAUGCUUUUUUAAAAUACUGAAAAAAUAGUAGAAGCAAUAAAUGCACUUAAAUUGUUGAAGAUUUGUAAAUAUUUGACCAAGAUAGAAAAACUUGUAGAUAUUUCGUUGAGUCUUGGAGUAUUAAACAGAUGACAAUAAUCAACAUACUAAACCAGUGGUGCUUAUAUCAAAUAACUUCCUGACAGGAUGUGUCGAUAACAAAACGCGAUUGAAAUGCAUUUUCAGUUUUGAUUGACUUUGUUUCCAAAUGCGAUGUUUGUUUUACUGAAUACCCGUUUGGCAGGGAUGUUUGAUUUCUCGGGAUUUGUGGAUAAUAUCCUUCAAAAUGUUCUCGAAAGAAGUGAAACAGUCACCACUAGAGAGUAAGAACUUUUCCACAUUGUGUCAAGACCAGAGUAUUUCUGUUGAUGUAAGAGUUUAUGAAUACCUCGAAUCCCGAGAGGUUGGUUCUUAAUGUAGAACAAGGAUGGAUCCAUGCAAGGCAUUUUAACCCUAUCACUGACUAACGUUUCAUGUGGUUUUUGCUUACGUAUGUCGUGUACAUGUUCAUUUACAAUUUUAAAAUAAAACACUGAAGAUUUUUUUUAACACCUUA